AUCAUCCUAUGUGUCAUCUUCCACAUUCCCUCUCUCUCUCUCUUGAUCUUCCAAACCAAACCCUUUUCUUCUCUCUCACCAUUCUUCCCAAAACCAUCUCAAUCUAGAGACACAAAGACACAAAGACACGAUUUUGCUCUCUGGGUUCAACUCAGCUAAUGCAACAAAGCUUGAGAAUGAUGGAGAAAAUGGUAAAUGAUGAAUUCACAAACUCUUUCCUCCAAAUCCCGCUCGCCGGAUCCAACCCUUUUUCGGCCAAGAAGAAGCGCAACCACCCCGGAACCCCCGAUCCCGACGCGGAAGUCAUAGCGCUGUCGCCCAAGACACUGAUGGCCAUGAACAGAUUCGUGUGUGAAAUAUGUGGGAAAGGGUUUCAAAGAGACCAAAACUUGCAGCUCCAUAGACGAGGACAUAACCUUCCAUGGAAGCUGAAGCAAAGAAGCAACAAAGAGGUGAGGAAGAGAGUGUAUGUGUGCCCUGAAACCAGCUGCGUGCACCACCAUCCAUCCAGAGCGCUGGGGGAUCUCACCGGGAUUAAGAAGCACUUUUGUAGAAAGCAUGGCGAGAAGAAGUGGAAGUGUGAGAAGUGCUCUAAGAGAUAUGCUGUUCAGUCUGAUUGCAAAGCCCACUCCAAAACUUGUGGCACUAAAGAGUACAAAUGUGGCUGUGGUACUCUAUUUUCCAGGAGAGACAGCUUCAUUACUCACAGGGCUUUCUGCGAUGCAUUAGCUGAAGAAACAGCGAGAGUGAACGCCGCCACUACAAUAACAGCCGCCAUGACCGCCGCCGGCAAUUUCAAUUGCAAUUUCAUGGCCGGAAUCACAGAACCACCAUUCAUGCCUUCAAUUUUCAGCUGCAAUGGCCUCUCCUCAAGAACCAACAACAACAAUCUACACCCACUUCCCCAAAUUAAUUCAGGGCUAAUGUACUGUGACCCUUUAUUAAAUUCUUGCCACGCGCCGCCACCAGCUGAUUACAAUCUGAAUUGGGUAUUUGGAACAAAGGGUAAUAAUUCAGUUCAAAAUCCGCCGUUGAUGAGUGGCGGUGGCGGUGGCGGUGUUUCUUCACUGUACAGCCACCAAUUACAGCAAGUGAAUCAAACCCACAUGGCUAACAUGUCAGCCACUGCUUUGCUGCAGAAAGCUGCUGAAAUUGGGGCAAAUUCCAGCUCGGAUCCACCAUUUUUUCAAGAGGGUUUUGUGUUCAAAUGCAGCGGCGGUACAGUUCAAAAUGGGAGUGAAUUUUCAACUUCUGUUACUCAAAUCCCAAUUAUGGCGAAUGAGAAUGAGAUGUACACUGCAAAACGGCGUCGUACUCAGAGUGAAUUCAUGGGAAGUGGAAGUGGGUUCACAGGAGGAGGGCAGACAAGGGAUUUUCUUGGAGUUGGUGCCAACACUAUUUGCCACACUUCAUCCAUUAAUGGAUGGAUUUAGAUUUCAAAUUUCAUGUCUUUUUCUUCUUUUAAUAUGCAUUUUGUUUUUCCUUACCCAAACAAAAGUUGGAUAAAAAUAAAGU